GAAAAUACAACAUCAAAGCCCAUCUUUCAAGAAACAAUUAAGAUGUCUGGCACUGGAAAAGAUUCUCUUGAUGGCUGUCAAUUGGAAAGCAGUCAACCAGGUCCUGAAAGCCCAUCCUCAGAACCUGACUUUCAAGAGAAAAUUGUGUUAUCUGGACAUGGAAAAAAAUCUCUUGAUGGCUGUCAAUUGAAAAGCAAAAGACCCAAUCCUGAAAGCACAUCCUCAGAACCUGUCCAUGGAAAUUCUUUUCAGCUAGAAGGACAGAAAUUCUUUGCAUCUAAAGAUGAACAAGUUGAGCGGAGUAGUUUUGGGUUCCUUGAGUCUUGUUUUGGUUUAAGAAGUACAGCACAGAACACUGAGGAACUGAAACACCCGGAACCUGCACAUAUAAACAAAGUCAAUGAGUGCAGUCUGUUAAAUCACAAUGCAGUUGAAUCCAAAAAGAAGAUGGAUGAGGGAACUUAUGUAUCAAAAGAUGAACCAGUACUCCGUACAGACCAAGUGUCCAAGACCUUGCUAGAUCCUGAACUGCAAAAAUGUCUGACUGGCAAUGGUACCAUUAUAAACAAAGAUUCUUUAUCAUAUUUAAAGACCCAAAAGAGAAAACUGCAGCCUGUUGUUCUCCUUAAGACAACUGAGAAAAUAACUUGUAAUGGAAAAGAAUACCAUUGCUUUGAGUGCCAAGAGUCAACACAAAAUGUAGAUGAACUAAUUGAGCACUACCACUGCAUGCAUUCUCUCCAUAAGUCUCAGUAUUGCAUCUCUUGUGAAGGUUACUUCACUGGUGGUAAAUUGGCUUUACAACAUCUCUGUGGAGAAGUGGAACUUAAUGACAAGAAAAAAUCAUCGUCCUCGUAUACCAAAGUGCUUACUGAGGAAAAAGCAAAGUUCAUAUGUAGGUAUUGUAGCAAGUCCUUUGUUCGACAAGCUUGUCAUAAAGAUCAUGAGCUGAAGCACAGAGUUGUCACACAUCAUAGAUGUGACUGUUGUGGAUUAUACUUUCCUAAUACUCACAAAUGUCAAAGUCACAAGCAUAAAGCAACAUGCACACCUUUGAUACUAGACCCUUUUUUACAGACUGCAGAUAAUCCAGAAUCAAUCCAGGAAAAGAGCGACAUACCAGAUGUGGUUGAAACAGUUGGCUCCAAUGUAGAACUUCGUAAUUGCUUUGUGAAACUAAUGGAUGUGUGCAAGAUAAGCCAAUCACCUGAACAAAUGCAUUGUCAAGUUUGUGGCAAGACUUUCAGGCUCAGAGCACAAUUAAAUGCACACCUUAGAUCACACUCGGAUGAGAAGCCCUUCAAGUGUGACAACUGUGAAAAAGCAUUCAAAUAUACCUGGAAUCUUAACAAACAUAAAAGAGAGCAGUGUUCACAAAAGAUUGUCCCACAUGAAAAAUCUUCAGUUUCAGAUAACAACUUCCCACCAAAGUUUAAAUGUCCAAUCUGUUUUCGCAUUUUCAAGUACUCCUACAAUCGGACACGUCAUUUGCGUCAACAGUGUCUCAAAGAAUAUAUGAAAAAAGGCAAAGGAAGGAUUGGUGACAAGUAUCAAUGCCCUUUGUGUAAAGAUAUGUUUACUGUGGCCGGCAACCGCAAUAGACACAUUAAGCAAACUUGCAUUAAGCUUAAACUCUACAGAUCCAAAGGAAAGGUAAAAAACAGAAAAGAGUUGGAGGAACUUGACAGUACCAAAAAAGAGGUCAAAGAGUCACUAUUGACUAUGUCCAUACAAAAAGCAUCACGGUACAAAUGCACUUACUGUCCAGCUGAGUAUUCUAGCAAGUCUGGUUACUACAGCCAUCUAGCAAAGCAUAAAUUGCUUGGACAUGACAAAAAGAGAGUCAAACACAAACUUGGUAAUGCUGUUAAUUUGAAAAACUCAAGCUCUGCUGUGGAAAGACCAACUAACCAAAAAAGUGCUGACAAAGAUGCAAGACUUCCUUUUCCCUGUCGCUUCUGUGGAAGAGACUUUGCUUCACCUGACUCAUUAAAAAAGCACUUACGACUUCAUAAAGGAAACAAACCUUUUCGCUGUUUAGACUGUGGUAAAAAUUUUGCCAGGCAUGGACACCUAAUGGCUCACAAAAAUGUGCACAGGCGGAAUAUACAGUGUUCUGUCUGCUGGGAAGUUCUGCCGUCUAUUGGAGAUUUGUUAAAACACAGACAGUCCCAUCCAAAAAAAGGCAUACUUAAAUGUCCUGACUGCCCUAUGCAGUUCCAAUUUCCAGUAUUUCUGCUUCGACAUGUGGCUGUGCACGAGAGGAGACGCAAACUUAAGGAACUUCUCCCUCCAAAGGAUCAAGCUACACCUCAAAAGGUAGAAGAAAUUUACAAAGAGGAGUUCAAAUGUGCUCUCUGUCAGGAAGCCUUCGUUGACUCAAAGGCACUUAGCGAGCAUUGUUUAACUCAUAUGCCUGGACCUUCUGCAUCCAAAUGUCAGUUCUGCAAAAGCCAUUUCUCAAGUCGUGCUGCACUUAUUCGUCACAUCCGCCUUCACACUGGUGAAAAGCCUUUUCCCUGUCCAAUUUGUGGCAGGCACUUCCAUAGAAAGGAAGUUCUUAAAUUGCAUCAGGAAAAAUGUACAGUGGAGCAACCACCUCAAACGUCAAGUCCCAAACAAAUACAGGCAGAACCUAGUGUAGACACUUCUUCAAAAAAGACCAGCAACGUCUAUAAUUGCUCAUACUGCCCACAUUCAUUUCGUUUUCCAAACAAUUUAAAACUCCAUGAGAGAGCCCACUUGGCCAAGACCGUUUUCCCUUGUACAAAGUGUGGGAAGUUUUACAGGAAAAGGAAAUUUAAAGAUCAUGUUGAACUCUGCAAUGGAGACGAGAUAAAACCUGCUUGCAGAAAAUGUGGGAGAAUUUUUACUAGAAAAAACUACAGAAAUGGUCAUGAAAAGCAGUGCCAGGGCAAGCAGAACAAAGCUGAAACCGAAACGGGAAAAGAAACAAAUGAGAAGGGCAAAUUUAAGCAGCAAUGUCCACAAUGCUUUAAAUGUUUCAGAUCUAGCAGUUUCCUCCAGAGACACAUAUCUCUUCAUUCAAAGGAAAUUGCAUAUGCAUGCAUGCAUUGUGGACAGAAAUUUGACAGUGAGGAUCGACACUUGCAACAUGAAGCUUUUUGUGAUGGUGUGCUCAAGGAACGUAGAUUGGAGAGUUUAAGAGGAUCUGAAAAAAUUAAAUCAUUGUUUGUUGAAGAAAAAAAUCAUAAAGAGGUCACUGUGGUUUCUGGAGAAAAUGGUGAGUCAUUUAAGUGCAAAUUUUGCACUAAAUCAUUCUUGAGGGCCAGAUACCUAAGACGCCACAUUCUUACUCACACAGAGGUCAAGCCAUACCGGUGUAAGACUUGUGAAAGUUGUUUCUCUCGCUAUGAUCAUUUAAAACUGCACCAAGCCCGCUGCAGAGGAAAGCGACAACUUGAGGUACGAGUUGAAAAGAUGAGUCUUGACAGCGUGAGCACAAGUCCCCAAAGCCAAACCCAGGAAGAUGGUGACGCAUUGCAAUGCAAAGUUUGCUCAAAGCGGUUGUCCACCCCGAGUGAUCUGAAGCGUCAUAUGGCCAUGCUCCACAUUACUGAUAAACCUUUUCCCUGCAAAAGAUGUGGCAAAACUUACAGUUCUAAAAAGACUUUGAGUAGGCACAACCUUACAAUCAGAUGCAAAAAGAUUUCAAAGGAAAGUGUGCCAUCUGCCAAGAAUAAUGUACAAACCCAACCAUGCAGAGAAACAUCCAAACUUCUGCAACGUAUACAGGUGCACUAUAUGAAUAAAUUUAAAUACCAAUGUGAGUAUUGCCCUCGACGCUUUAAACAAUCAGGACAACUGAAGGUACACAUACGUCUUCAUACUGGGGAAAAACCAUAUGGCUGCGCCAACUGUGGAGAGCAUUUCAUCAGAACAGACUAUUUGAAACGACACUUAGCUAAAUGCAGUGGAAAAGGAGAAAAAGAAAAAAUUCUUUGUGACAAGUGUGGUGACCUGUUUACCCGCGACGCACUUUUUGUACAUCAGAAGACAUGUGUCAUUAGCUCAAAAUCAUCUGGAUCACCUCAACAGACAAAUGAUAAAGACAAGAGUCCCACCAAGAUAAAAGGUUUUUCCUGUGCUAACUGUAGUGAUCGUUUUUUAUUGUUCUCACAGCUCCAGCAGCAUUUUUUAGCAAAGCAUAGAUCUGAUCAGCCAAAAAAUAAUGAUCAGCAGCAAUUGGUAUCCAGUCACAUGCAAGUCAUAAAGCAAGAGCAGGUUGAUGAGGGGUAUGGGCAGAACCAAGAAAGCAGCAGUCAGAUAAAUGCACGGGAGCGACGUGCAUGUUCAAACACAGACCUUAUCAAGCCUCUUAAAUGCCCACAGUGCAACAUGCGCUUUUCCAGGAGCACUGGCCUGGGUAUGCAUAUGCGCAUACAUAAGGGGGUUUACCCACUUUCUUGCACAAAAUGUCAUGUUGGGUUUUGGACCAGAAAGACAAUGGAGAAACACAGGAGAAAAUGUACAGGUCACACACUUCUCUCAAAUAAUGGAUCGGCGAUGGAAAGUGCAGGUGAUUUAAACGAUACUGUUCUAGUAUUUAACAAGGGUUCUAAUACAACAGGAACUGGAGUACUACAGACUAAAUUCUCAUGUAAAGAUCAAGACCAGGAAAAUGAUGCAGAGAAAGGAGAUGUGUCUAUUCAUAAGUAUCAGUGUUCUGAGUGUGAUCAGAGUUUUACCGAUGGACUGAGACUCAUAAGUCAUUUGGAGGAACAUGGCCGUGAGGAUCAAGAGCGCAGAUCAGACAUCCACAGAUGCCAUGUGUGCAAUAAAGUCUUUGCUCAAGCUGGUAUAUUGCAAAGGCAUAUGAAAUUGCAACAUAAUGAAAAGAUGAAUAAUACUUGUGAAAUUUGUUUCAAGAGAUUUCGUUUUCCAUCUGACCUGGACAUUCAUAGAUCUUGUCAUGACCCCAGUCGUCCCUUUCCCUGUAACAGUUGUAAGAUGCGGUUUUUGACUGCUAAAGCCCUGACCAUUCACCAUAGGAUGGCUCAUUUGCAUGCACAACCACCCAACUCAAAAGAAUCUAGUGUGAAAGCAAGAACGGAGCAGCCUGAAAUAUAUAGGUGUGAACCAUGUGACAAAACCUAUACGUUAAAAAAGUCAUACAUGAAGCACUGCAAAAUAAAACACAAAGAGGAUUUUAUCACCGUCGCUGAUAACGAAUUGAAAAAAUCUUCCAGCAAUGCAAGUCAGGAAUCAGAUGAGGAAGACUCCAGAAAUUUUGAAGACGAAGAUGACAGCGACAAUGACUCUGAUUCAGCACCAUACUUUCCUUGUCAUGUUUGUGGUAAAACAUUCUUAACAUCAGAAAGUCUUGAGGAUCAUCAAAGAUGUCAUCUUGGCGAAAAACCCUUUGAGUGUGAAGAAUGUGGGAAGUGCUUUUUUCAGCUUGCAAACUUGCAACAACAUCAGCGGUGCCACAAGUCAGAGUUUCAGUGUCAAAUGUGUGGUAAAGGUUUUGUCUCGCUCUUCAGCCUGCGCAAACACAAGCAAACGCAUAUCAGAAAGAGUCCUCACCGCUGUACCAAGUGUCACCUGAGCUUUACACGCUCAACAGAACUAGCGGAGCACAUGGUUACCCACCGUGAUGAAAACUUUCCAUGUGACCUAUGUGAUGAAACCUUUUCCUGCAAAACAAGUCGGGCUGAGCAUCGCAAGAUGCACACAGAGCAAGAAGAAGAGCUUCCACCAUUGAUUCCCCCCACACUACCUCAAACAAUGCAAGUGACUCCUGCCAUCACAAGUAAUGUUGAGCAGUACAAGUAUCGCUGUGGAAUUUGUCAAGUAAGAUUUCCAGAUCCAGAACAGCUCUCAGAACAUGGCUGCAAUCCAGCACAAGAGCGGCCAUACUCAUGUCCUGAAUGCAACAAGCAUUUUUUACAUGGUUCACACCUGAAAAAGCAUCAGCUCAGCCAUCAGUUGACGGGACCGCGGUCUUACCAGUGCAAUCAUUGCAGCAUGAGCUUCACCCACCACCACCUUUUUCUCACUCAUUUACGAAGCCAUGGGAAUGAAAAAGCUUCCAAGAACACUAACUUUCCUACCAGUGAAAAGAUGUUCCGUGUGGAACUUGUGAAGCGUGACAAGAUUUACCAGUGCCCCAUAUGUCCAGAGAGUUUUUAUCAAGCUUUGGACCUUGCGAAUCACCUAUCUGUUCAUUCUCACAUGUGCAGUGUUUGUAACAUGACUUUUCCCACUAAGAAAGACCUUGAUGAACAUGAACAAUGCCAUCUGACUGCUGCUACUCAGUAUGAAUGCACGGAAUGUGGAGACAGCUUUCUUGGAAGUGAUGCUUUUCGCAAACACCACUGUAGUAAUAGAAAUAUGACCUUUCCAAAAAAGCACCAUUCAGAGCCAUCUGGCUCUUCCUCCAAGAAGCAGAGUUCAGGCAGUCAUUUUCAAGCGGGUGAUGAAGAAGAGGAAGAGGUUGAUGUUGGAGAAGACUUCAUUAUUUGUCCUAUCUGUAAAAGACGGUUCUCCUCCAAUAGCAGUUUAAUGGAGCAUCAUAAAAAGCAUCAUGAGGAUCCGCGUCCUUUCAAGUGCUUGGUAUGUAAAAAAGGCUUCACAAAGAAACGUUAUCUUACGCAGCACCAGCAGAUACACAGUGAACGCCCUUACCAGUGUGAAGUAUGCUCAGAAUCCUUUAAAACAGAGACGGCUCUUGUAUCGCACUGUAAAAUUCAUGAUGCAAAAAGGCAACACCAGUGCCCAAUAUGCAGCAGAACCUACCUUACAGCACAUGAUCUUGCAAAACAUAAAAGGAAACAUGCUGAACAUCAAAGCCUGAGUGAGGACAACCAAGAAUACCGAUGCGAUAUGUGCUAUAAAUCCUUUACCAUGUUUGCUCAUUUGCAAAAGCAUCAAGAAACCCAUGUGGGACAAGUGGUCUAUGAAUGCACAGAGUGUGACAAAGCCUUUGCUUUUCUAAAUCUUUUGGAGGAACAUCAGAGGACUCAUGGUGCUGCUUCUACAGAAUCUCUUUAGUCCCAGUCACCAACCCAUUUUUCCUAUUACUGAUGACUCCAUUUCCUGCAAUGCAGGUUGUUUAAAAUCAUUCAGUUUUCUGAACGUUAUUUGUUAAGAUUGACUGUACAUACAAUUCAGUGUUGUUUUUAUAUAGGCCUAACUGCUUUUAUCCACUUUGAAAUAUGAUGUUGGUGUUUUACCCUAGUUCAGAAUUGGUCUGUUAAUGUUCAUACAAUCUACUCCGUUCUACAGUUCUGUGAACUGCUCACUAAUUUUUCUUUGUACAAUAAUCAGGCUGAUGUAAAUUACAUUUAUGUAAUCUAGAUGAUGUAUGGAACUAUAGGCAUGAAUGCAGUUGAUGUUAAUAUUCCACAGUACAGUUCACAAGGAUGUAUAGUAAUUCCUGCGUCAUUCCUCCAUUUUUCACCUUGCUUUAAAUAUCCUUAUGAAAGUUAGAGGAAAUCUGUAGAUGAAUGUUAAUGUUUCAUCGUAAUGCCCAGCCAUGUUGUUAUUUUUCUUUUCUUUUUUUGUCUGUAAACAUUUAAGGUCAAGUUAAGGGGUUAUUACACAAGAUGUGAAUGCUAUUACAUUAAAAUCCAGAUUUACCUUUUUCUUAAGGAGUCUAACUUGAAUGGCUUCCCUCAAAAAAAGUAAACUUCGAGCUUGACAAUUCUGUAUCCACUCUGUAUGUUUUAAUCUACAUUAGUGCUGACAUAUAUGCCUAUAAAACCUGUGUUUAGUUUGACUUUUAUAUGGUAAUGUUGAAUUCCUUCAACUAGUAAAAACAUUUAAAUCU